AUGACUGGUCAGGUGCUGAUCAACAACGAAGCAGUCCGGGUGCCGAGUUAUGCCACCUAUCAGAUAUCGAAUGGCAGUUUACGAAUCGUCGUUGAAUUGGAAGCAAAACUUGGCGAUGCGAAUAAAUGCCUGCUGAGAAAAACUGAUUGUUCAAUCCAUGUUUGUUUUUCUUGCUCACUUAAAGCUCGUUCUAUUGCACCGUGGCGUACUGUCGAAUCAAGAGACUGCAACGAAGGGGCAAGCAACACGUACGAGCUCAUCAGUGCCUUGCAAAAAAAAUCGCUUUCUAUGUGUUUUUGCUUACAUGCAAUUGCAAAGCGCAUAUUGGCAAGAGACUGUUUGUGUGUGUCUGUGUGCUCAUACUUUUUGUCACCUGCUUUCAACUCGAGAACCAGAAAUGCUAGAAGGCUGAAACUUCGAGAGUAUGCGCUCAGACCAUGCGCGACUCUUCCAAUUUAA